UAUGUUUAAGAAAAUUAUUUAAGGCUUUUCAAAAUAUUCCCAUAGAUCAACAAUUCCUAGUCUGCUUAAGGAUCCUAGGUAUACAAGACGUGGGAUAUUGAAACCAAAAGGAGAAACCAGAAUGCUAAGAAAACCUUCAAUACCAGAUGAUAUUCCUAAUGCUCAUCUUUAUUAUGAUCAUUCAAAGUUUAUUGAAAUUUAAAAAAACAAUCCUCCUCAUAAAUUAGUACAUAUUGAAAUAAUAAUAAGAAAUAUGAAUCAACAGAUUUAGAUUUCAUAUUGAGUGUACUUAAUAAUGAUUCAUUUAUUCACACUUAAGAUUUCAAACUUUGGAAAGCCAUUAAAUAAUUGAAUAUUCAUCAUCCAAAUGAAGUCAAGAAGAAUUGGGAUAUUUUUGAUAGAGCUUAUAGAGUAAUAUUAGAUAAUGCAAGAUAUUUGGAUAUUUAUAAUUUCAGAUCAUUCACUUAAGUUUCGUAACAAUAUUAUUUAGAAGAUGAAAAAGUAUGGACAGUGUUAUAUAGAAUUUCAAUUCAAUUUUUUGUUGGUUGGGAACAUUAACAAACUCCAUUAUUGAGUAAAUUAAUUGAAAAGUAAAAAUAUAAAUAAAAUAAUAUAGAACAUAUUAAUAAUCAUUUUUAUUCUGCUUUCAUAUUAUAAUGUAAUAAGUUAGGAAAUUCAAAAUUGAUGUAUCUAAUAUUAUAAUUCAUUUGGAUUAUUUAAUGAGAAACCAUUUAAGAUUUUACAAAAUUGUAUUAAUCAAUAUAUUUAUAAUAGCAUAGUGAAGAAACAUAUAAUAAAGUAGAGAAUGUAGAAGAUAAGAAUUAAUUAGGAAAUUUUAUAGCUCAUUUUGCAUUUUGUAUUUAAUAAAGAAAAGACAUUUUUAAUGAAGUAGACAAAGAAAUUAAGGAGAAACAAGUGGAAGAAUUUUUACAUUAAGGACAAAAGCUUUGUUUAGAAUCAUUUGAUAAGCUCACUGUAGUAACAAAGAAAAAUCUAUAAAAUUCAAUAACUUAUAGUAGAUAUUAGUAUAAGCCAUUGUUUGAUAAAUUUAAAUGAG